GGCCACAGGGCGGGCGGGCGGCGGCGCUAAGGCCCGGCGGGGCGGCGCGGAGCUGCCGUGUUGACAGCGCCGGGAGCUGGCCGGGAAGGGAAGCAGGUUGGCGGCGGCGGCGGCGGCGGCGCCGGGUCCCCGCUGCCCUCCGCGGCAUGGCUUUCAUGGAGAAGCCUCCGGCCGGCAAGGUGCUGCUGGACGACACGGUGCCGCUGACAGCGCAGAUCGAGGCGAGCCAGAGCCUGCACUCCCACACGGAAUACAUAAUCCGUGUUCAGAGAGGAGUUUCAGCGGAAAACAGUUGGCAGAUUGUGAGGCGAUACAGUGACUUCGACUUGCUUAAUAAUAGCUUGCAGAUCUCAGCUCUAAGUCUACCUCUUCCUCCAAAAAAGUUGAUUGGAAAUAUGGAGCGUGAAUUCAUAGCUGAAAGACAGAAAGGACUCCAGGCCUAUCUCGAUGUAAUUACUUCCCAUCACAUACUGUCUAACUGUGAACUCGUAAAAAAAUUUUUGGACCCAAACAGCUAUUCUGUAAACUACACUGAAAUUGCCUUACAGCAUGUUUCAAUGUUCUUCCGAUCAGAGCCAAAGUGGGAAGUGGUGGAGCCAUUAAAAGAUAUAGGUUGGCGAAUACGUAAGAAAUAUUUCUUAAUGAAGAUAAAGAAUCAACCAAAGGAACGGCUAAUGUUAAGCUGGGCUGAUCUAGGCCCUGAUAAAUACUUGUCUGACAAAGACUUACAGUAUGCUGUGAAACUUCUUUCCUCCUGUUCUCAUCCCUAUAUUUACAAAAUCACUUUUGCCACUGCCAAUGAAUCUUCAGCACUGGUUAUUAGACCAUUCAGUGAAAAAGGGACACUAAAGGACCUUAUUUAUAAGGCAAAACCAAAAGACCCGUUCCUGAAGAAGUAUUGCAAUCCUAAAAAAAUUCAAGGUCUUGAACUUCAGCAAAUAAAAACAUAUGGAAGACAAAUAUUAGAGGUAUUAAAAUUCUUACAUGAGAAAGGAUUUCCUUAUGGCCAUCUUCACUCAGCCAAUGUAAUGUUGGAUGGGGACACGUGCAAGUUACUGGAUCUAGAAAAUUCCUUGUUGGGACUUCCAUCAUUUUAUCGAUCAUACUUUUCACAGUUUCGGAAAAUUAAUACUUUAGAAAGCAUUGAUGUACAUUGCUUUGGGCACUUACUGUAUGAAAUGACAUAUGGAAGACCCCCAGAUACGAUUCCAGUAGACAGCUUCCCUCCUGCACCAUCCGUGUUCGUUGUGUCUGUGUUGGAAUCCAUUCUGACCUGUGAAGCUAUGAAGAAUGGCAUGCCAACUGUUGCACGGCUCUUACAGAUGCCAUUAUUCAGUGAUGUCCUGCUAACAAACUCUGAGAAACCACAGUUUAAGGUUCCUACUAAGCUAAAAGAGGCAUUGAAAACUUCCAAAGAAUGCAUAGAAAAAAGAUUAACAGAAGAACAGAAAUUGAUUCACCAGCACAGAAGACUGACAAGAGCUCAGUCUCAUCAUGGUUCUGAAGAAGAAAAAAAGAAAAGGAAGAUCUUAGCAAGAAAGAAGUCAAAACGCUCCGCCUAUGAAAGUGGGGAAGAACACUCAGCAAAAUACAGCAACUCAAAUAACUCAGCAGGCUCUGGGGCGAGUUCCCCAUUAACAUCUCCAUCAUCCCCCACUCCGCCCUCUACAGCAGGGAUGACGUGACUAGUGCAGGACUGACCUAGUCUGGCUACACAGCCACAGCGCUCUGCGGCAGGACCUCCUUGGCAUACUCAAACGACAUCUUCUCUCCUCAACUCAACAGGAGCAUCGUCGAUACCCCCAGCACCGCCACCGCCGCCCCUGCCACCAGCAGCUCCUCCUCCAAGUACAGAGGUGCCAAUGCAGCCGAGCCCUCAGCCCGCUGUCAGUGCAGGCAGAGGAGCUUUACUCAGCUCCAUUCAAAACUUUCAGAAAGGAACUCUGAAGAAAACACAGACAUGUGACUACAGUGCUCCCAGGAUCAGCUGAGGCUACCGGUUACACCAGGAUUGAAUUCCCCUUCCCCUUCCUGUGCUGUCUCGGAACAAGGCCCUUCUGUGUGGCGACACUCACCAGCAUAGAGCGGCUAACCACACUGUAGCUCUGUUUUACCCCUCUUUCAGCUUUCCUUGAGCAGCAGCACUACACUGUGGAUUGCAUUGCCAUGCUAAGUACUCCAUUCUUUAUUUGGUUUUAAGAACUUUUUUCUCUAGCUACACUAUCAGGGCUGUAUAGCUGAAUAAAAAUUUGAAAAUAGGAACGUCCACGAUCCAGGUGAAUUAAGGCAUUUUUUUUCUAGUUCUGUUUCCCCACUUUUCUUUUCAAAUUACAGGAAUCUAGUUUUAGUCUGCUGUAAGAUUUUUCAGUACUAUUCAUAUAACUGUAACUCAUCUAACUCUUGCUGCGUUGAAUCAACAGGUUUUGUUUUAGGUAAUCCAAAAAAAUAAAACCAACCCACCAAACCACCCUUUAAAGUGUACUGCACAGGUGAGGGAACUGGAGAAUUAAAUCUUAUUCCCACCCUAUUUGUUGGUGGAGUAAAAAAUGCUGUCUCAAAUUUGUUUAAAUAGACAUCCUACCUGCAACUCUAAAGGAAACUUUUUUUUAAGUAAGGAAACAGUUGAAAUGGGAGUUAAUAGGGCACUGGGAUAUUAUUCAUGAUUUAGUUAAAUGGGACUUCAAGUUAAUUUUACAGCGUAAACUUUAUUGAAAGAUCCUUUUUGAUUUGACUAAAACCUUAAAUUGCACUUUAAAGGAUUAUAGAUAAUCCAUUUUUUAAAUUCAGAUACAUCAGUGUUUGUUACUAUGCAGAGAAUGUCUGUACAAAGUUUCAUGUAACCUGUGAUAUUCAGUCAUUUUUAUUAAAAUGUUAAUGGAA